UAGUGCGCAUGCGUGAAGUCGGUAAAAUACACCAUUGUUUUGUUUCUACCCCUUUUAUAAAAGCAUGGCUCUGGUUCCGUACGUAGAAAAUCCGUUACCUGCGCUUUCUAAACUCCAUAAUUCAUCAGCACAGUUUCGCUUUGCUAACCAUGACCUCCAUCUUACCCAGGACUGGAAGAAACUCGGGGUAGCAGCGGUUGUUUGGGAUGCGGCUGUUGUUAUGUGCAUUUAUCUGGAGAUGGGGAAGGUGGAGUUGAAGGGGAAGGAGGUCAUUGAACUCGGAGCUGGCACUGGAUUGGUGGGCAUUGUUGCAGCACUGCUUGGUGCAAAAAUAGUGACCAUCACUGACAGAGAGCAGGCCAUGGACUUCCUGUCUGCAAAUGUGAAGGCAAACCUACCCCAAGACACCCAGGGAUCAGUGGCUGUGUCUGAGCUGACUUGGGGAGAGGGCCUUGAACGUUACACAGCAGGGGGGUAUGAUGUGGUGCUGGGAGCAGACAUCGUGUACCUGGAGGACACCUUUGUGCCGCUGCUGCAGACUCUGGAGCACCUGUGUUCGGACACUUCUGUGGUUCUACUGGCCUGCAAGAUCCGCUACAAGCGAGACACAGACUUUCUGAGCAUGCUGAAGCAGCGUUUCACAGUAGAAGAAGUCUACUACGACAAACAGAGGGACAUCCAUGUGUAUAAAUCUUGGAAAGUGCCACCUCGGAGGGAUUUGUGACAUGAGUUUUCACUCAUUCAUUUGUAAUAAUUUGCUGUUUUUGCAUAAUAAUCCAAUAAAAUAUUCAAAUAUUA